AUGAAUUCACUAUUCGAAGACCGAAAAGUAAUUCUCGGAAUAAUUGGAACCUCGGUGAUCUCCUGGAAUGUGUUUCUGACCCUUCGCGACUUGCUGAAGAAGUACACGAAACCGAAAGCAGAAUGGGUUCCAGUUGGUCGAAUUAAAAGUCUUCAUAUCUACCCAAUCAAAUCAUGCAAAGGAAAAGAAGUUUUCCAAUACAGAUGCACUCCGCUCGGUCCUGUUUUCGGAGAGUAUCUCGAUCGCCAUUUCUUGGUAAUUAACAGCGAAGGAAAGUUCUACACAGCUCGAACCAAACCACAAAUGGUUCUCAUCGAAACUGUCAUUGAGAAUGGAACGGUUAUUGUGUCAUAUCAAGGAAAAGGAAGUGCUCAGUUCAACAUCGAAGAGGUCAAAGCGAAGAAGGACUUGCGCAAUGGAUACCUUCAUGUCAAUCUUCGUACCGAUGGCUAUGAUUGUGGAGACGAUGUUGCUGAAUUCUUCUCCAAAGUUCUCGAUGAGCCAGGAACACGUGUCAUCAUGUAUGAUUCAGAAUUGUUCACAGAGAGAACAUGUAAAACAGAAGACGGAUGGUGGAACAACCCUGUUCCAAAACGAACCGACGAUACCGCCUAUGCUGACUUGGCUCCAUACAUGAUCACGACUCAAGCUUCUCUUGAUGAUUUGAAUUCGAAACUCGACCAUAAUGUCUCUUCAAUCAACUUCCGUCCAUGCAUUGUCGUCGACGAUUGUGCUGCGUGGGACGAGGAUAAGUGGCUUGAUUUACGCAUAGGAGAAGUGGAGUUGCAAUGUUUCAAGCCGUGUACCAGAUGCAUUCUGACGACUGUGGACCCAGAGUCUGGAACGAAGAACAAAGACAUGCAGCCACUGAAGAAGCUCAGAGAGUUUCGUCUUGGACCAGGACAAUUGAGACAAGAGUUCGGAGAGAGCCCUAUUUUCGGAGUGAAUGCGGGACUCGUGAAGCCAGGAUACAUCCAUGUUGGACAAACUGUUUGGGCAAAAUACAAGGCAUCUGCUUUUUAA